UAGGGUAGACCGGGGCAAGUAUACGCACGGGGUAAGUUUACACAGGCCACUUUUUUCUAAACCGGUUAAAUGUGGAGCGCCACGGGUAUUGUCAGGUUGUUGCUGCUCCCUAGCGGACAUUCUCACAAACUUUUGAACGCCAUUCGAGUUGUGAUCUAGCCAGGAGGAGGAUUAUUCUGUUUUCUUGCAAGAUGGUAAGAAAUUACGUUUGCAAAACUGAUAGAGCCAAGCUGGACAUAAAUGUAAUGAAAAGGGCUGUGCUUCAAGUAAGACUUGGGCAAAACACCAUACGAGGAACUGCCAAACUCUUUGGAUUGAAUGAUAAAACUGUUGGAAAUUAUUGCAAAAAAUGGGCUAAUUUGACCAACGAAGACCUGAAAACACAGAUGGAAAAUGUAAAUGUUGAGGCACCACCAGCACUAGAGACCCCACCAGUGCCAGAGGCCCCACCAGCGCCAGAGACUCCACAAGCAUCAGUGUCCCCACCAGCGGCAGAGGCCCCACCAGUGCAAGAGGCUCCACUACCACCAGAUGCCCCAACAGUGAGAGAAGUCCCACCAACUCUUGGACUGGUGCAAUUUGGAUACUCCAAACAUCUUAAUGUGUUCGAGCCAAACCAAGAAAAGUUGCUAGUGGAAUAUCUUCUGAAAGCUUCUGAUAUUUAUUUUGGCCUUUCACCUAAGGAAGUAAGACGAUUUGCUUAUACAUAUGCAGUAGCCUGCGGCAGAAAAAUCCCUCAGUCUUGGACCGACAAUGGAAUGGCAGGACCUGAUUGGCUAACUUUGUUCCUAAAACGGAAUAGGACACUCUCAAUUAGGGCCCCUCAAGCAACGAGCUUAGCUCGAGCCACAAGUUUUAAUAGAACCAAUGUGUCAGCUUUUUUUGACAAUUUGACAACAGCUAUAAAUAGACUUAAGGUUGGUCCUGCUGACAUUUGGAAUGUUGAUGAGACAGGUGUGACGACGGUUCAGAAGCCAGACAGAGUCAUAGGACGCAAAGGGUUUCGGCAAAUAGGGAAAAUGACUUCAGCUGAAAGGGGAACUCUAGUAACAGUGGCCCUUGCAGUGAGUGCUGCUGGGACAUUCAUCCCUCCAUUCAUUAUUUUCCCUAGGGUUAACUUCAAAGAACACUUUCUGAGAGAUGGUCCUGUUGGCUGUGCUGGAGAUGCCAACCCGUCAGGAUGGAUGAUGGAAAAAAACUUUUUAAAAUUUGCAAAGCAUUUUGUGACCCAUGUCAGGUGUUCUAUUGAGAAUCCGUGUCUCCUGAUUUUAGACAAUCAUGAGUCUCAUUUAUCAGCAGAUCUAUUAGAUUACUUCAAAGAGAAUGGGGUAACUUUGCUAUCAUUCCCGCCUCACUGCAGCCACAAACUGCAGCCUCUAGACCGCAGUGUUUUGGGCCCCUCAAAAAAUAUAUAAACACUGCAUGUGAUUCUUGGAUGGCUAGUAACAAACGCCCAAUGACUAUUCAUGACAUUCCAUCAAUUUUGGCAUCAACUUUACAUGUAGCAGCUACUCCAGCAAACAUUAUGGCUGGAUUCAAAGUGACUGGGAUUCACCCUCUUAACAGAUUUGUAUUUUCUGAUGCUGAUUUCAUGCCUUCAUAUGUAACUGAUAGACCAGAAACUACAUCAACUACUAAUAUGACUACGAACGCUUCAGGUCCUAUCAAUAUUUUGAUCAGUAGCCCCAGGCCUUCCACUUCAGCACAAGUAGACUUGCUAAAUACUUCGCCCAGUAGCCCAAGGGCUUCCACUUCUGCACAAAAGGACUACCCCACACCAGAAGAACUGAGGCCAUUUCAAAAGGCAGGACCAAGGCUUGGCACUAAUAAAGGAAGGAAAAAGAGGAAGUCUGCAAUUUUAACUGAUACCCCAGUUAAAGAAGCCCUCAGGCAAGAACAGGAGGAAUCAAAGAAGAAAAAAAUUAAGAUACAAGAAAACAAGAAGAAGAAGUUAGUUAGAGAUUUAUUGGUUUCUAUGGAAACAGAAGAAGAAGGUAACAGCAGCAAAGAAAAAAUCAGGAGAACAACUAAAAAGGAAAAAAAUUGGUCCACCUCAGCAAACUGAAAAUAAACCAGGAUUCAGAUAGUGAAGAUGAAAACUGUUUGUGCAUUUAUUGCUUGAAGCCAUUUAAACAGUCUAAAAAAGGUCAGGAAUGGGUUCAAUGUCUCCGAUGUAAAAAGUGGGCUCAUGACAAGUGUAUAGCAGAAGACACUUCAUUUUUCAUUUGCAGAAACUGCAACAGCGACGAUGAAGAUUAAUAGGCUAAAAAUUUCAUGUUUUCAGUUGGAAAACCCAUUUAUUUUUUAUUUAUCACAUACUGUAGCCUAUAUUGUCGUUAAUUUUCUUAAUUUUUAUUUUAAAACUGUGGUUUGAAGUAUAAAUAAAUAUUUUUAUUUGAUAAAAGAUUGAUUUUUCUCAUUUAUUUGUAUGCCUUAUAACAUGCGUAAAUGUUCCCCGCUUGAUGCGUAAACUUGCCCCGGCCCGGGGCAAGUUUGUGCACCUGACUUGGACUUGAAAAAAAAAAAA